ACUCGUCAGGCUGUAGGCAGCCACACACUGCUACUUUGUCUCCCUGUGUAGAUUCUUGUCUGGGCGAUACCUGCUCCGGGUCGAAGAUGAAGUCACAUUAUACCUACUUAAACAUCCCGGAUAACGUCAAGACUGAACUGAAGAAACUGCAGAAUGCUCUCAAGGAUGAAGCUUACGCUCUGGGCCUCCAGAAAGUCAACCUUGACAACGCUCAUAUCACCCUCAGCAUCUUAACACUCAGUUCUG